AAAGAGCUCAUUCCGCCGCCCUUCCUGCCGAGCACUGACGUAAAGAAACCAAAGCAGCAGACGUCAGUGUUAAUUGUUGUUCUACUGAAACUACGUCCUUUGACUGCAGGUCGGACUGAAAUAACACAGCUACCGAGAGGGACGGACGAGAGGACAAGAAGCGUUCAGGCAUGGCUGAUCUGCUGAGGCUGCUGCUCCGGGUGGCUGAGAAAGCAGCGAACGUGGCUCGGGUCUGCAGGCAGGAGGCUCCCCUGUUUCAGCUCCUGGUUCAGGAGAAGACCGGAGAUGACAAGAACAAGAAGUUCGUCCAGGACUUCAAGACGCUUGCGGACGUGGUGAUCCAGGAGAUGAUCCGGCAUGAUGUUGGCGCUCAGUUCCCUGAGAUGGCUGGCUUCAUUCAUGGAGAGGAGUCCAACAAAUUUGAAAAUGGGCUUGGAGAGUGUGUGACGGUAACAGUGUGCAGCACAGAGGAGGAGACCGCGGCGUUGCUGGCCACGGUGCUGGGCGGUGACCACACAGCGGCGUCUCUGCUGGCUCGAGCCAUCCACCAAGAUCCAGCGACCAUCGCCGCCGACACAGACGGUUUGGCGGUGCCCUUAAGCCCCUCUGAGCUCGGCAUCUGGAUCGACCCCAUAGAUGCCACCAGCCAGUACAUAGAGGGCAGAGAGGAGGUGCUGGAGGAGGGCCGACUGUUUCCUUCAGGGCUUCACUGUGCUUUGGUCCUAAUCGGGGUUUAUCUCCGGAGCACAGGCGAGCCCGUCAUGGGAGUCAUCAACCAGCCAUUCAACUACAAAGACCCAGCAGGUGGAAGAUGGAAGGGGAAGCAUUUUUGGGGGGUGUCCUGUGGCAGCAUCAAUGUCUGCUCAGUGUCCCGGCCUAAAGAUGGACCAGGAGCAGGGCUGUCCGUGGUGCUGAGCUCCAGUGAGAAGCCGGUGGUGAAGGACGCCCUGACCUCUCUGUGCGGCCCUGACAAGCUGAUGUUUGCCUCUGGAGCCGGCUAUAAGAUCCUGUGCGUCAUUCAGGGACUGGCUGACGUUUACGUCCUCUCAGAGGGGAGCACCUUCAAGUGGGACUCCUGCGCUCCUCACGCUCUGCUCCGAGCCCUCGGAGGGGGGGUGGUGGACCUGAAUAAGUGUCUACAGUCCAGCUCUGGAGUGCAGGAUCCCCAGAUAGAACUAACCUAUCAUCAGCCUAACACUGAGCGUAAAGGAGCGGAGCGCUGGGCUAACCACGGCGGCCUGGUGGCUUAUCGGGACAGUUCUCAGCUCCGCAGCAUCAUCGGACCGCUGAAAGACAAGCUGUAGGCCAAAGA